CAAUUGUUUUUUCCCAUUUUUCUGUCUCCUCUUCUUUUCCUCAUUUUCCCAAACUUUCUCUCUCCUCCAAAUUUCACUUUCUCUCUCCUCGAUUUUUUUUUUUCUGCUAGAUCGGAGUUUUCUUCUUGCCGUGUGGCGUAACCUCACUCGUUACUGCGAUUUUCUCUCUCCUCCCGGAUUUUUUUCUUUCUCUGAAAUCUCUCGCAGAUCGUCGAUUUUCGCAAAUUUCGUCUUCAAAUCUACGGAUUUUCUUCACUUACUUGCUGUUUCACUGGAUCUGAAGCUGUCUACUUUUUUCAAUCCCUAAUUUGUUGGGGAAAAAAAGGAAGAAGAAAAGUUAACCCUAAUUUUUAAUCGCGAGAAGAGUAAGUUAGGGUUUUGUGUAUCUGAGAUUGAGUUUAUUGAAGAUACGGUUGAUUUUUGCGGAAAUUAGGGUUUUUCAGUGGAGAAAUUAGGGUUGAAAUUGAUGGUGGAGGGUGAAGAAGGAGAAAAUGCAAGGGUAUUAUGCAUGGGCGGGAAGGCGACGAGAAUAGGAAAUUGAGUUGGCAUAUGUUGUCAGUCCCUUCUACGACGACUGUAGCAGGUGGUGUUAGUGAUUCUAAUGGUUCUUCAUCUUCUUGUUUCGUUAAGGAUGGUCGCAAGAUCAAUGUUGGUGACUGUGCUCUUUUCAAGCCUGCCAAAGACUCUCCACCUUUUGUAGGUUUAAUUCGUUCUUGGACAUCUGAAAAAGAAAGUAACUUAAAGCUCCGUGUGAAUUGGCUUUAUCGACCCGCUGAAGUUAAACUUCUGAAAGGCGCUGCACUUGAAGCUGCGCCGAACGAAGUUUUCUACUCAUUCCACAGUGAUGAGAUUCCUGCUGCAUCACUACUUCACCCGUGUAAAGUUGCAUUUUUGCCUAAAGGUGUUGAACUCCCCCCAGGGAUUUCUUCGUUUGUUUGUCGGCGAGUUUAUGACAUUACAAACAAGUGUCUGUGGUGGCUGACAGAUCAGGAUUAUAUUGAUGACCGGCAGCAAGAAGUAGAUCAACUGUUGCAUAGAACACGUAUAGAAAUGCAUGCAUCGGUAGAACAGCAACAAGAUCCCCGUUCUCCAAAACCAGUGAAUGGUUCAGCAGCAACAUCACCAUUGAAACAUAGUCCGGACAGCGUGCAGAAUAGCAGCUCUAACCUUUCUUCUCAUAGGAAGGGAAAAAAGAGAGAACGAGGUGAUCAGUCUUUUGACGCUGUUAAACGAGAACGAUCGACGAGACCUGAUGAUGGGCACUCUAGUUUGUUGAGAUCAGAAAGCAUGUUGAACUUAGAAAUUGCUAAACUUACUGAGAGAGGAGGACUUGUUGAUUCAGAAGCUGUAGUGAGGCUGGUUCGACUCAUGCAGCCUGAGAAAUCUGAGAAAAAGAUAGACUUGACAGGACGAUCCAUGCUCGCUGGUAUUAUAGCUGCUACCGAGAAGCUUGAUUGCCUUAAUCAGUUUGUUCAGCUUAGAGGUUUACAUGUAUUGAAUGAAUGGCUCCAGGAAAUUCACAAGGGUAAAAUUGGUGAUUCAGGAAACUUGAAAAACAGUGAUAGAUCUGUGGAUGAUUUCCUCUUAGUGUUACUUCGUGCACUAGAUAGGCUUCCUGUGAACCUUAAUGCAUUACAGAUGUGUAACAUCGGCAAAUCUGUUAAUCAUUUGCGUUCUCACAAAAAUUCAGAAAUUCAGAAGAAAGCAAGGAGUUUGGUUGACACAUGGAAGAAACGUGUUGAGGCUGAAAUGAGUGUCAAUGAAGUAAAACCUGGUUCAGGUCAAGCUGUUCCAUGGCCAGGCAAAUCCCAGCACGACAGUUCUCAUGGUGGGAAUAGGCACCCAAGUGAAUCUGAUGCAGCCGUUAGGAGUACCGUCACACAUCACACCUCUUUGAAAUCUGCUCCAGUGAAACCUGUGCCUGGGGAAUCCAAUCCAAAAUCUGCAUCAGCGCAUCCUGGUGCUGGAAGAUCAGCAUUGUCACCUACUUCAGCUACUGAUAACUAUAAGGAUGGACAAUCCAGGAUAACUGCUAAUGGUGGAGGCUCUGAGCCUCAGACAGUGGCAAGGGAGGAUAAAAGCAGCAGUUCUAGCCAGUCCCACACAAAUAGUCAGUGCUCCAGUGAUCAGGGUAAAUAUAUGGUUCCAUGUGGAAAGGAAGACACUAGGAGGUCUACUGCUGGGUCUGUGAGCUUGAAUAAAACUGUAGCAAGUAGUACCAAGCACCAUAAAUCAGCUAAUGGUCCUACUUCUGGUGCUCACAGAGAACCUGCAUCAAAUAAAAGCUCAUCGAUGCCCAGAAAUUCAGUUGUAGAGAAGGUAUCACAUAAUGCUAUUGAUGCUUCCGGUCAAGAAAGCAACAACCAUAAGCUUAUUGUCAAGAUCCCUAACCGAGGCCGGGGUUCUGGACAAAACAAUACUGUAGGCUGUAUGGAGGAUUCCCCCUGUAGAAAUAGUAGAGCUUCUUCUCCCGUUCUCCCAGAGAAGCAUGACCAGGCAGAUGUCUUUGUGAGAGGUAAUAAACUUGAUUCUCAUCAAUCUCCUGUGGUUGAUGUAACUUCAACUUCUGUACACCAAAGAACGAGUGACGCAAGGAGAUCACCUAAUAUUUCAAAGAUUGCUAGUUCACCCUCGAGAAAUGAAAUCAAGUCUAGAAAAACUUAUGAUUCUUCCUUCAGCUCCAUGAAUGCUUUAAUUGAAAGCUGUGCUAAGUUUUCAGAAGCUACUGCGUCUGUAUCAGCUGGAGAUGAUGUUGGGAUGAAUUUGCUUGCCAGCGUAGCUGCCAGAGAAAUCUCAAAGUCUGAUAAUGUUUCACCUGCUGUCUCUCCUCACAGAAACUCCAAGAAGGUUGAAAAGUCCUGUAGCAACCAUGUUGGAAAUGAGAAGCAGCUGCAUGUUGAAGAUGUCGUUCAACAAGGUCAGUCAACUAAUGUUGCUGACACUGAAAAUCAUAUUAAUAUUGCAGGUCUUUCAAAAGUUGAUGGGGAAAGUAAUGAACUGUCUGUUAUGACUGAGAAUUUACAUCAAAGUGUGGAAGGCUGCUUGAAGACUAAUGGGACAUUGGAUGAAAAUUUUGGUACUGCUUGUCCACCUGUGUCUGUCGCAUGCAAUGAAGGAAGGAUUGUAGGUGAUCUUCAUGCUGAAAGUGUCACCGGAGAGCUUAUAGCUUCCAAAGAGGAGAUUCAGAACGAGCUUCUUGUUGCAAAUCAGGGAUCUGGUGGUUCUUUGGAAGCUGAAGAUAAGGUUAAGGCUGCCUCUUUGGAUGUUGAGUUUGAGAAAAAAGUUCACAGAGAUAUUGCAUUAUGCCCUGCUACUAAUGAUGAUGAUAGAAAAAGUAACGUUGGCCAAGGGCUUCAAAGCAACAUUGCCUUGGAGCAAAAUGCACUUGCUGUUGCAGUGCAAUCUGAUCCUGUGAAUAAAAUUGAAAAGCCGUUGAUGGUUUCUUCUGGUAAAAGUCAUCAGUCGGCUGCAGUAAUUUCAACUGAAGUUAAAACUCAAAAACUUGAGUCUGUUGCUUCUUGUGACCUUGCCAGGCAGGCAGGCAAUGGGUUAUUAAAGAAAGAGACUGAUCCUUCUUCUGCAUCUGUGAAACAAGGUGAACCUGUAGUUUGUUCUGCUGAUGUAGAUCCGGACAGAAUAUGCAAGGAUCAAAAUUUAGAAAACACAGAUGCACUAACGCAGCAGUCUGGCAGUUCAGCGUCACAAAUAAGUUCUGCAGUUGCUGUUCCGGAAGCAGAGUUACAUUCAAGUUCAGAGGUAACCAAGUCAACUGCCGUGGAAGAGAAGAGUCAAGAGAAUAGUGGAUUUGUUACAGAAAAUGUUGCUCAGCCACCUGCUUCAGGGUGUCCAAAUGUGGAUGCACAACUUGGAUUCGACUUGAAUGAAGGCUUUAAUGGAGAUGAGGGGAAGAAUGAUGAGCCGAUUAACUUGGCUGAUCGUCCAUGCCCAGAUAUUGUCUGUUCUGUCAGCCCCUUCCCCGUCUCUUCUACAUCAUGUGGUCUUCCAGCUUCAGUUACUGUUGCUGCUGCUGCCAAGGGGCCCUUUGUUCCGCAUGAUGACUUGCUGUGGAAUAAACAGGAACUUGGAUGGAAAGGAUCGGCUGCUACCAGUGCAUUUCGUCCAGCUGAGCCGAGAAAACUAAUGGAGGGGCCUCUAGGUACCAGCAAAGCCCCUCUGCUGGAUGCCCCUGCUUCCAGACCAGCUCGGUUUCUUUUGGAUAUUGACCUUAAUGUGGCAGAUGAAAGUUGUGUUCAGGAGUUCAAUGCUAGAAAUAAUCCUGUUUGUGAGCUUAUGUCUACAUCGCUGCGUAGCUCUGGAGGACUUGACCUUGAUCUGAAUAAAGUUGAUGAAGCUCCUGAUCUGGCUCACGUGGGACGAUACAUGAAUAGCAACAUUCAGAGAGCUGAAGUUUCAACUCAGCAUGUCAAACCAUCGACAUCCAAUGUUUUUUCGACUGGUGCAGCAAGUGGUAAGAGAGAUUUUGAUUUGAAUAAUGGGCCUGCGACCGAGGAAAUACCAUUUGAGCAAAUUCCAUCAAGUCAACAUAACCGUGUCAACAUUCCGCUCCAAACUCCGUUGGGGCCCAGAAUUAAUAGCUCUGACACAGGGAAUUGCUUUUCGUGGUAUCCUCCAGGAAACAGCUACUCAGUAAGUGUGACACCAUCAGCUUUACCUGAUAGAGAAGCUUUUUCGAUCGUCGGGAUAGGUGGUGGUCCGCAGCGUGUUGUGGGCGGUCCAGCCUCAGCCUUAGCGUUUAAUCCUGAUGCUUACAGGGGUUCAGUGUUAUCGUCUUCUCCUGCUUUGCCUUUUCAUGCAUCCCCUUUUCAGUAUCCAGUCUUGCCAUUUGGGACUAGUUUUCCUCUCCCUACAUCUGCGUUGGGUGCUGGAUCAUCUGGGUACAUGGAUCCAACUGGUGGUGGGCGGAUUUCUGCUAUCCCUUCUCAGCUGGUUGGAAAUGCAGCUGGAGUUUCUUUCCAGUAUCCUCAGGCAUAUGUUGUUUCUAGGGCUAUCCCAGAUGCCAGCAAUAACAACGUAAUUGAAAGCAAUCAUAAAUGGGGAAAACAAGGUCUAGAUCUCAACUCUGGUCCUGGAGUUUUGGAUAUGGAGGUUAGAGAUGAGUCACUGCCAAUUGUAUCCAGGCAAGUCUCCACCAUGAAUUCACAGUCCCUUGCGGAGGAGCAAGCAAGAAUGUAUAGCAUGGGAGGCCAUGUGAAAAGGAAGGAACCUGACGGAGGAUGGAAUAUAGAUAAGCUUAACUUUAAGCAAUCAUCAUGGCGAUAGAAUCACAUGAUGCUGCCAUAGUAUAGUGACCCUUGAAAAUUGGAAGUUUUUAGCUAUUUUGUAGAAGAUGGACCCAGGCUAACUACCAAGAAGUCAUCAUCUAACUCUCCUCAUAAAAGGAUGGGUGUGUGGAUUUCUCAAUCUAGUAGAUCUGCUACCAUAUAUUGAGCAGCCAUACGGAGUUGCAGAUGCUUGACAUCAGUCAGUAACCAUAGAGUGCAUGUUCUAAAUGCUGUUCAAUGUGUGAACGCUUCCUUUCCUUCCCCUUGGGUGGGGAGGUACAGAUUCAUGACUGUAUUCUGAUGGCAAUCACCUUAUGAGUUAGAGCUUCAUUUGUUUGGUAUUUACUGUUUAAAUAGAUGUAACCCCCCUUCACCAUACAUCAACUAUAUUUCUGUAUCAUAAUCGUGACAACUUUGGGCUCCUGUUUAUUCUGCUCCUCUGCCUUGCGUUCGGUGUUGUAAUAUUGGUGGUUGCUGUUUAGUGGUUCUGAUGCAAAGCUGCUCUGGUAGUUCGCUUAUUAUACUCCUAAGUUGGAUAGCCGAAAUGGUGCAUGCUUGGAUAUCUGUAUCUUGGUUGCUUGAAUUGCUGAAUAUCUUGAGACUUGAUGUAGGUCUUUUGAUAGCUUGGUUUCUGCUUAGGUUAAAGGUCUCGGUUUUCAUCUGAAAUGAUUCUGAGAAUUUUGGCUUGCAGUAUUUGACUGCGUGUUUGUGCUCGUUUGCAGUCAAUGUAAAUAGUGAACAGUUAAUAGUGGCUGAGUUUUGAUCGUAGUUUCCCACUAGCUACAGCCUACAGGUGACGGAGAUCAUCUCAGCGACUAAAUUUAAAUGUUUAGACUUAAUCAGAUACUUAAACCAUUAUCUCAAUACCACUUUAUUAUUCUAACACAUUUCUUCAAAAA